GGGGUCACGUGGGGCGGCGCGGGGGUCACGUGGGGCCGUCAUGGCGGCGGCGGGGAAGGAGGCGGAGGCGCAGCGGCUCCUGGCCGAGGCGGAGCGGAAGGUCCGCGGGGCUCAGUCCUUCCUCGGGGGCCUCUUCGGGGGCUCCUCCCGCCUGGAGGAGGCCUGUGAGUGCUACACCCGCGCUGCCAACAUGUUCAAGAUGGCCAAGAACUGGAGCCAGGCGGGCUGGGCGUUCUCGCGGGCGGCGCAGCUGCAGCUGCAGCUCCAGAGCAAACACGAGGCGGCCUCAGCGCUGGUGGACGCCGGGAACGCCUUCCGGAAAGCGGAUCCGCAGGAGGCUGUGAACUCGCUGCUCCGCGCCAUCGAGAUCUACACGGACAUGGGCCGGUUCACCAUCGCUGCCAAGCACCACGUCUCCAUCGCCGAGAUCUGCGAGAGCGACCUGAUGGACAUUCCCAAGGCCAUGGCCCACUACGAGCAGGCGGCCGAUUACUACAAAGGGGAGGAAUCCACCAGCUCAGCCAACAAGUGCCUGCUGAAGGUGGCGGCGUUCGCGGCGCAGCUCGAGCAGUUCCCGCGCGCCAUCGACAUCUACGAGCAGGUCGGGCCUUCCUCCCCCUCCUCCUCCUCC